UCCACGCCGCUCGAGCUGCCGGCGGCGGGUACCCUGCGCCCAGUCGCCCCGUCCGCCUCCGCCCGCAUUCGUCGGUCCGGGGCGGAUCAGGGGGUCUCCACUCUCGCGAGAAGUGGGCCGCUGCAGGGCGGCAGGGGCGCCGGAGCCCGCGCGGGCCCUCGACGGGCCGAAGAUGGGGCGGUGCGUGGUGCAGCCGCGGCUGCUGCUGCUGCUGACGCUCGUCCUCCAGCCCUGGGACCCCUGCCUGGGUGCAGACUCGGGGAAGUCCUCCAGCAUCCCCACAGAUAAAUUAUUAGUCAUAACUGUAGCAACAAAAGAAAGUGAUGGAUUCCAUCGAUUUAUGCAGUCAGCCAAAUACUUCAAUUAUACUGUGAAGGUCCUUGGUCAAGGAAAGGAGUGGAGAGGUGGUGAUGGAAUUAAUACUAUUGGAGGGGGCCAAAAAGUGAGAUUGAUGAAAGAAGUCAUGGAACAUUAUGCCAGUCAAGAGGAUCUGGUUGUCUUGUUUACUGAAUGCUUUAAUGUUAUAUUUGCUGGUGGUCCAGAAGAAGUUCUAAAAAAGUUCCAAAAGUCAAACCACAAAGUGGUCUUUGCAGCAGAUGGAAUUCUGUGGCCGGAUAAAAGACUAGCAGACAAGUAUCCCAUUGUGCACAUUGGGAAACGCUACCUGAAUUCGGGAGGAUUUAUUGGUUAUGCUCCAAAUAUCAACCGUAUAGUUCAACAGUGGAAUCUCCAGGAUAAUGAUGAUGAUCAGUUAUUUUAUACUAAAACUUACAUUGAUCCAUUGAAGAGGGAAGCUCUUAACAUCACACUGGAUCACAAAUGCAAAAUUUUCCAGACCUUAAAUGGAGCUGUAGAUGAAGUUGUUCUGAAAUUUGAAAAUGGCAAAGCCAGAGCUAAGAAUGUGUUUUAUGAAACAUUACCAGUGGCAAUUAAUGGAAAUGGACCCACCAAGAUUCUCCUGAAUUAUUUUGGAAACUAUGUACCUAAUGCAUGGACACAAGACAGUGGCUGCACUCUUUGUGAAGUGGAUACAAUUGACUUGUCUGCAGUAGAUGUUCACCCAAAUGUAACAAUAGGUGUUUUUAUUGAGCAACCAACCCCUUUCCUACCUCGAUUUCUGGACAUAUUGUUGACACUGGAUUACCCAAAAGAAGCAGUUAAACUCUUUAUUCAUAACAAAGAAGUUUAUCAUGAAAAGGACAUCAAGGUGUUUUUUGAUAAAGCUAAACAUGAAAUCACUACUAUGAAAAUAGUAGGACCGGAAGAAAAUCUAAGUCAAGCAGAAGCCAGAAACAUGGGAAUGGAUUUUUGCCGUCAGGAUGAAAACUGUGAUUAUUACUUUAGUGUGGAUGCAGAUGUUGUUUUGACAAAUCCAAGGACUUUAAAAAUUUUGAUUGAACAAAACAGAAAGAUCAUUGCUCCUCUUGUAACUCGUCAUGGAAAGCUGUGGUCCAACUUCUGGGGGGCCUUGAGUCCUGAUGGAUACUACUCUCGAUCUGAAGAUUAUGUGGAUAUUGUUCAAGGGAAUAGAGUAGGGAUAUGGAAUGUCCCAUACAUGGCUAACGUGUACUUAAUUAAAGGAAAGACACUCCGAUCAGAGAUGAAUGAAAGGAACUAUUUUGUUCGUGAUAAAUUGGAUCCUGAUAUGGCUCUUUGCCGAAAUGCUAGAGAAAUGACUUUACAAAGGGAAAAAGACUCCCCUACUCCGGAAACAUUCCAAAUGCUCAGGCCCCCAAAGGGUGUGUUUAUGUACAUUUCUAAUAGACAUGAAUUUGGAAGACUAUUAUCAACUGCUAAUUAUAAUAUUUCCCAUUAUAACAAUGACCUCUGGCAGAUUUUUGAAAAUCCUGUGGACUGGAAGGAAAAGUAUAUAAACCGAGAUUAUUCAAAGAUUUUCACUGAAAAUAUAGUUGAACAGCCUUGUCCAGAUGUUUUUUGGUUUCCUAUAUUUUCUGAAAAAGCCUGCGAUGAAUUGGUGGAAGAAAUGGAGCAUUAUGGCCAGUGGUCUGGGGGGAAACAUCAUGAUAGCCGUAUAUCUGGUGGUUAUGAAAAUGUCCCAACUGAUGAUAUCCACAUGAAGCAAAUUGGUCUGGAGAAUGUAUGGCUUCAUUUUAUCCGGGAAUUUAUUGCGCCUGUUACGCUGAAGGUCUUUGCAGGCUAUUAUACUAAGGGGUUUGCACUAUUGAAUUUUGUAGUAAAAUACUCCCCUGAAAGACAACGCUCUCUUCGCCCUCAUCAUGAUGCUUCUACAUUUACCAUCAACAUUGCACUCAAUAAUGUGGGAGAAGAUUUUCAGGGUGGUGGAUGCAAAUUUCUAAGGUACAAUUGCUCUAUUGAGUCACCAAGAAAAGGCUGGAGUUUCAUGCAUCCAGGGAGACUCACGCAUUUGCAUGAAGGACUUCCUGUUAAAAAUGGAACUAGAUACAUCGCCGUGUCAUUUAUAGAUCCCUAAGUUAUUUACUUUUCAUUGAAUUCAGUUUUCUUUUGGAAUGGAUGCCUGGCAUGAACAUGUCUUUGAAGUUGUGC